GAAGCACGGGAAAAAGAGUUGGAGGCCUCGUCGGAGUUUUGGGGAAAUGGGUUGGUUUCAUACAGGAGAUAGAAAAUAGAAUUAGAUGUUGGGGUAUUUUAGGAAUUUCGUAUUUUUCAUCCACUCUCUCAGUUAAUUUAAAUCUAAAAAACCUUUAAGGGGGCAAAUUGUCGAAUUUAAAACCUGAGAGAGUCAAUUGUAACAUGUCUCAAACUUGGAGGGUGCAUUUUGUAAUUAACCCUUUUUUUUUAAUCUUUCACCGCAUAGACUCUAGGACUUACUAAUCAGUGUUGAAACCCAUCCUUCACACACCAGCAUUUACUGUUUCCUCUUGUUCCCACGUCCCACUCCAUCUCCCAAAAUCGAAAACAAUGGCGAUCAUAGAAAUUUUUAUGGGUGCGUUUGUAACUGUACUGAUGGAAAGAUUGGCCUCUCGCGAGUUGAUGAACUUUGCUCGCGGAGAGGGAAUUCAUACCCAGUUGAUGAAAUUGAAAAAAGUGUUCAUGGCAGUUAAAGCAGUGCUCAACGAUGCGGAGACUAAGCAAAUAACAGAGGAAUCUGUGAAAUUGUGGCUGGAAGAUCUCAGGGAUCUGGUUUAUGAUUUGGACGAUUUACUAGACGAGAUAGCGACAGAAGCUUUGGCACAUGAAUUGAAGUUCGAGCCUGAAGCAGCUACCACUGGCAAGGUACGUAACUUCCUCCCUAUUUGCUGUACUAAUUUCCCUAGAUCUAUUGCACUCAAAAUCAAGAUUGGCCCCAAGAUUGAGGAGAUGACUGCUAGAUUACAAGAUAUUGCAAAACUGAGGGAUGAUUUGGGUUUAAGAGUUAAUCCAGAAGUAAGGUCAAACACAGAAAGGGAGAGAUUGCCAACAACUUCCUUGGUCGAUGAAACCCACGUUUAUGGUCGAGAAAAGGAAAAACAAGAAAUACUUGAAUGGGUGCUCAAGGAUGAAACAUGUGUCAUUCCAAUAGUUGGUAUGGGUGGUGUCGGUAAGACCACUCUUGCUCAACUUGUGUACAAUGAUGAGAAAGUCGAGGCUCUUUUUGAUUUGAAAGCAUGGGUGUGUGUUUCUGAAGACUUCACUGUAAGCAGGAUAACCAAGAUUAUUCUUGAGGCAGUGAGCGAGAAAAGAUGUGACUUCGAGCACUUAGACAUGUUGCAAGUGAAUCUCAAAAAGGAGCUUUCUAAAAAAAAGUUUCUUAUUGUUUUGGAUGAUGUUUGGCACGAGAACUACGAAGAUUGGGAUCUCCUCCGUGCUCCUUUUCAAGUUGGGUUACUUGGGAGUAAAAUUAUUAUUACAACUCGGCAUGAACGUGUUGCACGUAUCAUGGGUUCUGUUCGUGCUUACCCUCUGAAUGUUUUGGCAGAAGUCGAUUGUUUGUCUUUGUUGGCUCGGCAUGCAUUGGGCAAUACCAAAUUUGAUGACCAUCCAAAUUUGGAAGUAAUUGGCAAGGAAAUAGUCAGAAAGUGUGGACGUUUGCCUUUGGCAGCAAAGACACUAGGAGGCCUUCUGCAUAAUAUACAUAGCCCAAAUGAGUGGAAAGCUGUAUUGAAUAGCAAAAUCUGGGAAUUAUCCGAGCAUCAGAGUGGCAUCCUUCCAGCACUAAGAUUAAGCUAUCAUCAUCUCCCUUCUCACUUAAAGCAAAUGUUUGCAUAUUGUGCUAUAUUUCCGAAAGACUAUGAGUUUGACAAGGAUGAGUUAGUUUUGUUAUGGAUGGCGGAAGGAUUUUUGCAACAACCCACAGUGAUUAAAAGCAUGGAAGAGUUAGGCAGAGAAUAUUUUGAUGAGUUAUUAUCAAGGUCAUUCUUCCAACAUUCAGGUGGCACGGAAUCAAAAUUUGUGAUGCAUGACCUUUUGAACGAUCUAGCUCAAUAUGUUUCAGGACACAUAUGUUAUCGGUUGGAUGAUAAUAUGGAGAGCAAUGAGCUGUGUAAGAUUUCUCAAAAAGCUCGCCACUUGUCAUUCAUUCGUCACGCAUAUGAAGUGUUCAAAAGAUUCAAGGAAUUUCAUGAACUUCAGAGGUUGCGAACUUUCUUGCCGCUGCCACUUCAUAAGUUAAGAUAUUGGAAGAAAUUCUAUUUAAGCAAUAGCGUUUUGGUCAACCUACUGCCAAAAUUAUGGUGCUUAAGAGUCUUAUCUUUGAGUGGGUAUGAAAUAAGUGAGCUACCCAAUUCUAUUGGAGAUUUGAAACAUCUUCGGUACCUUAAUUUAUCUCAAACAUUGAUUAAAUGGUUGCCUGAAUCAGUGAGUACUCUUUACAAUUUACAGACAUUAUCUGUAAGAGGUUGUCGUGCCCUUUGUAAGUUGCCCACAAACAUUGGAAAUUUGGUGAACUUGCGCCAUCUUGACAUUCGAGAUACUCCAAAAUUAGAAGAGAUGCCCUCAAGUAUCAGUAGAUUGAAAUGCUUGCAAACAUUUCCAAAAAUUCUUCUUGGCAAAAAUAGUGGAUUUGGACUCGGAGAUUUGAAAAGCCUAAUGCUUCUGAGAGGGAUACUUUCCAUUUUUGGGUUACAAAAUGUUAUGAAUGUGCGGGAUGCAAAGGAGGCUAAUUUAUGUUGUAAGCAGAAUCUUAAUGAGUUGGAAUUUAAAUGGAAUAGAGACAUUGAAGAUUCUCAAAAUGAAGGGCUACAAGUUCGUGUACUUGACAUGCUUCGGCCGCAUGGAGAAUUAAAAAGUCUUGAAAUUGAGUUCUACAGGGGCAUCACAUUUCCUAGAUGGAUUGGGGAUUCGGCAUUCUCUAAAACAGUGUACAUUAGUCUAAAAGGUUGUACAAAAUGCAAGUCUUUACCACCACUUGGCAAACUACCCUUGCUCAAAGAACUGUACAUAGAAGACAUGCAUUGUGUAAAAAGUGUGGGUUCGGAGUUCUAUAGUGAUGGAAGCACUUUGGAGAUUCCAUUUCCAUCACUCGAGAUUCUAGGGUUUGACCAAAUGCCAGAAUGGGAGGACUGGUCGUUUUCUUAUGGCAUUGAUUUUAGAGGACAUUUCCCUUGUCUUCGUAAGCUUGUCAUACAAAAUUGUCCUAAACUGUUGAGCGUUCCACUUUUAAGACUUCUCUCUCUUCGCAUUUUAGAGAUAAAAAAUUGUGAUGAGGCAGUGUUGAAAAGUUUUACUGAAUUACCCUCAUUAACCACAUUGAUCCUUACGAAUAUUUCUGGACUAACUCAUCUGCAAACAGAGUUCAUGAAUGUGUUGGUGUCACUUGAAGUUCUUCAAUUUUGGGAUUGUGCAGCAUUGGUGACUUUGUGGCAGAAUGGGAUUGCACCAAAAAACCUUUCCCAUUUGCUUGUAGAAUGUGAAAAUCUGGAGAGGUUGCCUUGCGGCCUGAAAAACCUUACAUCGCUCAAAGACAUGGAAAUCUAUUAUUGCCCAAAGCUUGUUUCUUUUCCAGAGGACAGUCUCCCGCCCAUGCUUAGACAUCUUUGCGUGCGAGAUGCCGAUUCCCUGGAGUCCAUCCCAAAUUGCAACACUCAUCUUGAAGUGUUGAAGCUAUGGAAAUGCUCGUCUCUGAGAUCCUUGCUAGUAGACACUCGUCUCUCCAUGCUUAAGUCAGUUUCCAUUGAGGAUUGCGGGAAUUUGGAGUGGGUUAAAGAGACGGUAGAACAGAGCAUCAUGUCAGGAAGCUUUGGGAUCAGUAAUUGGCCCAAUUUGGAGAGUUUUAUAGUACGCCUGGGGGAGUUUGAAUAUGAGUUGAAAUAUCGAAUCGACCACUCACUCUCAGGAAGUGGUUUGCUCACUCCCAACCUACUAAGUCUUUACAUCUCUGGGUUUGAAAAUCCUUUUUCUUUUCCUAGCCAGAGUCAAAGCCUCACGUUCCUUGAAUCACUCAGUAUAGUUAAUUGUAAAAGUCUUGAGUCCUUUCCUGACCAAAAUUUGCCCCCCAACCUAGAAACCCUAGUUAUCCGCAACUGCAGAGAACUUAAACCUCUAUCAGACUGGGGCCUGCAAAGACUCUCCUCUCUUCGGCAUUUCACCAUGGAACAUGUAUAUGCAGAUCUACUUUCCUUUCCGGACUCGUGUUUUCUUCCUACAACUCUAAAAUUCCUUUGUAUUAUUGGAUUCUCGAAUCUCGAGUCUCUCUCUGAGGGGCUCCAAAAUCUUGCCUUUCUUGAGCAUCUGAAAAUCAGCAAUUGCCCCAAGAUUGAGUCUCUUUCUGAAGGGCUUGAAAACCUAACCUCUCUGGUGAAUCUGCAAAUCUACGAUUGCCCUAAGGUUGAGUCUCUCUCUGGUGGGCUCCAGAAACUAACCUCUCUUGAAAGUCUGCAUAUGGAGAACUGCCCCGAGUUGGGUUCCUUGCUGAAUGAAAGAGUACUUGACACACUUUCAAUAUUGGUCAUAAGAAGAUGCCCACUUCUUAAAGAACGGUACUCCAAGGAGAGUGGAGUAGAUUGGCCCAAGAUUGCUCACAUCCCCUUCGUUCAGAUUCUUUCUCGCAGCUUCUGAAGAUGCCUGUUUUAAGGGGCAACUUUCUUCUGUGUCAAUCGCAGAUGAGUUUGGUUUGAUUUGUGCUUGUUAAAUAUUUUCUUUCCACUUGUUCUCUCUCUUUAUAUUUUAUGCUGUCCUGUAUUAUAUUAAUGUCUCAGAGUGCUCUAAUUCCUGGUAAUUAUACAAGGGUGUGUAACUGCCAACUUGAUUUUUUUUUCUUUUUGUUUUUUGGUGAGUUGCCAACUUGAUGUUGUAAAUGAUUGGUAUCAUGUUUAGCUAUGAGAUUGUUAUUUGAGAACUAAUGAAGGAUUUCUCACAUUUACUCAAUGGGG